UUACGCUCUCUGAGAAUGUCUUCGAGAACAAUCGGCGAGCACGUCAGACUCCGACGAGCGCGGAACCAAUCAAUCCGUCGUCUCGACGCCGACGAUGAUCCGCCGCUGACCCACGUCGUCCUUCCAGUUUCCCAACCUAAUCGCUUCUGUAACUCGGCAAUGUCUUCCUUCUUUCUCCUCCCGAGUUCCUCCAACGAAACCACCAGGAAGAAACAGCUCGGUCUCCCUCAGACGGCGUCGUUUCGGGUUCGGGGGAUGGGUUGCACUGCCGCAGCAGCUCAGGAGGUUUCUGUUCCCUCCGUGAUUCGCUCCUCCGCGGAUUGGGAUGCGAGAAUUAGAAGCAGCAAGAAGAAAAAGAAGAAGAAGAAGAAGAACAAGGGAAGCUACGACGAUGGUUCGAUUAGGUUCUUGAGUGAGGCUAGAGACGUUGACGGCGGCGGUUGCGUCGCGAUUCAAGAUGUUUGGUGCGGUCCAGGAUUAGGCUUCUCGACGGAUGCGGUGGUUGGUCGAUCGGCCGAUCCUCCCGUCGUGUCAGUGGCUCCAAGAAGGAACCUUCCGCCGUCGCGACGCAAAAUUGAUGUGGAUAAGAACAGUUCUAGUCACACAGAGGGUUCUUCUGUUCUUAACAGGCGGUUUGCCAAUCAAGAAUCUCAUUCUCACGCUUUCUUCAACUCUGAUUCAACGUUCAUGUCAUCAUCACGCGCUGAAGCAACGUUGUUCUCAAGUAGAUACCAUGGCCAUCUUCGACGCUCUUACCCUGAUGAUCUUACCGAGAUGAUGAUGCUCAGGAAUGGUUUUGUAAUGGGAACGAUAACAGAUUCACGUGACCACUUCCACAACUUGAGGCUUGAUGUUGAUAGUAUGUCAUACGAGCAACUUCUAGAGCUUGGUGAUAGAAUCGGUUAUGUGAGUACUGGACUAAAAGAAAACGAGAUACAUCGUUGUCUUCGGAAAAUCAAUCCAUCUGUAUCGCAUACUCUUCCUGAUAGAAAAUGCAGCAUCUGUCAGGAUGAGUAUGAGAGAGAGGGUCAGGUUGGGAGAUUGGACUGUGGACACAGCUUCCAUGUCAAAUGCGUGAAACAGUGGCUGUCGAGGAAGAAUGCUUGUCCUGUCUGUAAGAAGUCAGCAUACGUCAAGCCUUGA